AUGGAUCCAGUUUCCCUUCCCACUCUCUCGCCCACGGCGGACCCCUCGCUCACAGAGGAGAUCCUCGACGUGCUCCAGCAAGCCGUUCAAGCGCAGCAAGCCAAGAAAGGCGUCAACGAAACAACCAAGUCCGUCGAGCGCGAAUUAUCCGAGAUCGUGAUCGUAGCGGCUGACACCUUCCCUAUUGCAAUCGUCAUGCAUCUUCCUAUGCUCUGCCAGAUGAAGAAGAUCGCUUGCGUUUUUGUCCCCAGUAAGGCUGAGCUGGGUGAGGCGUGUGGGCUGGGUAGGUCUGUGAUCGCGGCUACUAUUAUUGCGGGGGGAGAGAUUGCGGGAGAAGAGAGUGGGUUGGCUGCGCGGAUUGAGCGGCUUAAGGAGAAGAUCCAGGAUAUUGGUGUUGAAUGA